GUGUUUCCUGUCGUAUUCGCUUGACAAGUAAAGAGAAGGACUAGGUAUAACUCAACAGAAAGUGAAAGAAAACAAAAGCUUAAUUUCGACUACCGCCGGCAAGGGAUUCCAGGUUGCCGAGGUCUGCCACUAUUGAAUAAACACGCCGCCGCUAUGGAGACGUCCAAUCUGUCAGCAUCUAAACCUAGAGAACCCUCGCGUCGAUCGUCAUCUUCUUCACAUUCUACACACACAAAGCAGAACCAAUCCAGGUUGGGCGAGGAAGGUGCAGUCAGCGAGAAUACGCCUAUUAACUCAAAUUCAACACGCCCGGACUACCAGUCUACAGAGGAGAUGAGGAGCCGGGGAUCAGCAUCGGGGACCAUUCGGGGAAAGUCAAGGGACUCAUCUCAGCCUCAAGAUGAGGGACCUAAUGGUGUUUCUAUGGUUCUUGGCGACGGGGAAAAUCACCAGCGGCCUUGGUACAUUCAGUUGGCCAAUCGAUAUGGCAGCAUGGAACUGGAGAAUAAGGGCAGUGUGGCUCGCGAUCACCUUGCAUUAGAACGCACAUUUCUGGCCUGGCUGCGGACUUCGCUGGCGUUUGCCUCUAUUGGUAUUGCAGUCACUCAGCUUUUCCGUCUGAGCAAUGCUGGUAACCUAAACCAAAAUGGAACGGAUUCUUCGUCUUCUUUGGACCAAUUGCAGAUAGAAAGCGCGACUAAACGCCUCCGGAAUCUUGGAAAACCUCUUGGGACUACAUUUAUCGCAGUCGCCAUUUUGAUUCUUUUUGUCGGAUUUCAUCGGUUUGCCGAGAGUCAGUAUUGGAUUGUCCGGGGGAAGUUCCCAGCUAGCCGUGGCAGUGUGAUCUUGAUUGCGUUUGUGGCAGCGGCUUUAAUAAUUGCUGCGUUGGUGGUGAUACUGGCGGUUGCUCCGGGGGCUGUGGAGACGUGAUUUCAGAUUUGUGUACAUUAUCUGCUUUAUUUGGUUGUCGCCAGGAGAUGACGACUUUCGGGCAUUAUUGUAUAGGCGUUGAUGGUGUAUAGCGAUGCAUGAAUAUACUUGCAUGGGUUGAGCCUACGAUACAUAAAUGCUAAUCUUCCGGAAUCAAGUGUAGUAUCAGCGAUGCUAGAUAGACGUUGUCACUUCAGAUUUAGGAUACGCUGUCCUGGCCUUGACGAGACCUGCACAAUCGCAAAUGAGGUGUCGUUCAUACAAAGGU